AAGGUAUGACCCCCACUACUGACUGAUAACGAUUCAUUUUAUCACGUGUUAUCAUCUAUUGAUCGUUGACCGAUCAACAUCAUCACUUCCGUUACACAAAAUUAACAUUUCACUGGGAGUUGUGUCGUUUAUAGAGAUAGUGAAAUUUCAAGACAAUUCAAUCAUGUUUCAAAUGAAUCUCACCGCCAUCAUAGCGAUGGAACCUGUUGACAAACUGUACCUUGGUUUGGGACUGUUGACGUCAUUAGCGUCAUUGCUCGCGUGCGUGACGUUGUUCUUCGCUCUCUGUUGUAUUCCCGCCAUUAGAAACAGAUCGCGAUACAUCGUCUUAUACAUCGUCAUAUCAAAUGCAGGAGCCAGUAUCGGAACUGUGAUGUCCGUCGCUGUCAAAAUAGGAUACCGGGGAGUUUCUUGGGAAUCACAUCCGGUCUGCGAGGCGGCAGCCGCAUUUACGGUCAUGUUCCGAAUCAGCGGGCAUCUAUGGACCGUCGCACUGGCUCUCCAUCUUUGCUUUGAGGCCUGGAAGAAUUUAUCUAUAGCUUCAUCCAUGAUGUGGCAAGCUCACUGUAUCUGUUGGGGCUUUCCGCUGUCCAUUAUGUCCACUUUGGCGGGUCUUGAUGUACUUGGUUCUGACAGCGGAGGAAAUCCUGGCCACAUAAGGCCACCAUGGUGCUUCAUAGACAGUCAGAUACCAGACUACAGCUCGUUCGUCAUUUUGGCGGGAAUUGGAUGGCGCAUGGCGGCCAUUAUCUUCUGCUCCAUUGCAUACCUUCUGCUGCAAUAUAAAGCCCUAAAAAAGCCAAAACCACAACCAGAAACACCAGAGGAAGGAGAAGAGCACCACAACCCCCCAGAAAAUCCCAACAGACAACUGCGCCAUCUACUGGUCAUCUUUGUUCUGCUAAACAUUUGGGGCGCGUGGCAUUUCCUAAUCUCCUAUUACCGUACGGACAUGAACGUAAUGGUGGGGAUAGAGGUGGUGUGCGACAACUUGCAAGGCUUCGUCAACACUGGCUUUUUCUUCUUGUUCAUCAGCGAAGUGCGCAGUGUCAUGCGAAAUACCUGCUGCAAAUCGUUCCGUGAAUGUUGCUGCAAGCGUUUACGUGACGCCAACGUGUCACUCCCUGUGGAGAUGGACCAGCUGAGAGAAGAGGACGGGGACCACACCCACUUACUGGAGGCGGAGGAUGACCGCGUGCACUUCACCAAAGAAGCGGGUCAUCAGUAGGCAGGAAAAUACAAGGGAGAUAAGCCCUACUAAAGAUUGGUGUAUUUUUACGAGGUGUCUUGCUAUACGAGGCAUUGAUAAGAAGUGAAAUCUCUCUACUACAAUGCAUUGAAAAUGUGCAAUCUCUAGGACACUUUCUGUGCUUUAGGAAGUAUAUUUCAUUUGGUGACAAAGAUUUUUAGAAUUGUCAUGUUCCAGUAGAAUUCAUUGAUCAUUAUUUUAUACAUAUUUCAUUACCGUGGUUACAUUAAUAACAUGUGACAUACAUGUGCUUUUUACAAUUUAUUGCUCAUGAUUUUUGUCAUGCAAGUUGAAAAAUAAUAAAAAUUGAAUAAAACAU